UCAAUUACAGAAUUAUUCCCUUCAUUUCUGAUAAAUUAUCUCCCCUCUCUCUCUCCUCUUUUUGUGUUAUCCAUAGAAAUUAUUCGUGCAGAACGGCUGCGUGUUGUUCACUUGACUUCCCACAGUGCUGUGCUGCAGUGGCGUCCUGUUUUGAGUGCAGACAGCGGUUACUAUGAGCUCUGGUAUAGCUCCAAAACCGACCGAGAGAUCAGACGCACUUUAUCAGGCGACUCCAGUAAGGUAGAGCUGACCAACCUGCAGCCUGAAACUACCUACACAGCUUCUCUUCGCCCAGAGACCAACCUUGGGCUGUUUAACACGCUCUCUGUAAACUUCACCACACUUCCUGACGUUUUAAGCCCGGCAGUCGUCUCCUUGUCAGAAUCCGGCCCCCGUCAGAUCCGUGUCAGCUGGGUCCCCUGCCAGCCGACUCGGGUGCAAAGAUACAGUGAGUACGGAGCUAUUCCAAGCGGACGUGUCCACACUGUGACUUUACACAGCCAGAAAAACUCUACUCUACUGACCGGACUGGAGCCAAACACUCAGUUGGUCACAGUUAGCGCUCUGCAUGUGGACGAAGAAAGAGCCAUGUCUGUGAGGGCGUGCAUCAGGAAGGUGCUGUCACACUGAUAUUUUAAUGGAUUU